GGAGGAGGCCCCGGCCUUGUUUGGAUGGUGGACGGAUAGAGGAGGUAGAGACUUGAUAAACUGGAAGGCAGCUCCUCAGACUCUCACUUCUGUCCUACUCCCACUCCCACAUCAUCCCAGCAGGUCCUGCACUGCCACGUGCUAGUCGCUCUUGUAGGUCUGCAGCUUGUCCACAGCGCCCCCUGCAGUCAUGUGUGAUGAUGAGGAGAGCACUGCUCUGGUGUGUGAUAACGGAUCCGGUCUAUGUAAGGCCGGGUUCGCCGGAGAUGACGCUCCCAGGGCCGUCUUCCCCUCCAUCGUCGGCCGGCCCAGGCACCAGGGAGUGAUGGUGGGAAUGGGGCAGAAGGACAGCUAUGUGGGAGACGAGGCUCAGAGCAAGAGAGGAAUCCUCACCCUGAAGUAUCCCAUUGAACACGGGAUCAUCACCAACUGGGAUGACAUGGAGAAGAUCUGGCAUCACUCUUUCUACAACGAGCUGCGAGUAGCUCCAGAAGAACAUCCCACUCUGCUGACCGAGGCUCCUCUCAACCCUAAGGCCAACCGAGAGAAAAUGACUCAGAUCAUGUUCGAGACUUUUAAUGUUCCUGCCAUGUACGUGGCCAUCCAGGCAGUGCUGUCGCUGUACGCCUCCGGACGCACCACAGGUAUAGUCUUGGACUCAGGUGAUGGCGUCACCCACAACGUGCCAAUUUAUGAGGGGUAUGCUCUCCCACAUGCCAUCAUGAGGUUGGACCUGGCGGGCCGCGACCUGACAGACUACCUCAUGAAGAUCCUAACUGAGCGAGGCUACAGCUUUGUCACCACAGCGGAGAGGGAGAUCGUUCGUGACAUUAAGGAGAAGUUGUGUUACGUAGCUUUGGACUUUGAGAACGAGAUGGCCACAGCAGCUACUUCUUCUUCUCUGGAGAAAAGCUAUGAGCUUCCCGACGGUCAGGUGAUCACCAUCGGCAAUGAGAGGUUCCGCUGCCCAGAGACGCUCUUCCAGCCCUCCUUCAUUGGUAUGGAGUCGGCUGGAAUCCAUGAGACAACCUACAACAGCAUCAUGAAGUGCGACAUUGACAUCCGUAAAGACUUGUAUGCCAACAACGUGCUGUCAGGAGGAACCACCAUGUACCCGGGGAUAGCUGAUCGGAUGCAGAAGGAGAUCACAGCGCUGGCUCCCAGUACCAUGAAGAUCAAGAUCAUCGCUCCUCCAGAGAGGAAGUACUCGGUGUGGAUCGGUGGCUCCAUCCUGGCCUCACUCUCCACCUUCCAACAGAUGUGGAUCAGUAAGCAGGAGUAUGACGAGGCAGGACCCUCCAUCGUCCACCGCAAGUGCUUCUAAAGAACCCCACCUGUCUCCGGGUCUAUGUGCUCUGCAGCCUCCCCUCCGUUUCGGGCUUCAGCACCGCCUUUGUUUUAACCUCACUGAGCACCAGCUACCAGACCCCAGGUCAGCCCUCCACCACCCAGCCACAGGACUUCCUGUGAUAAAGAGGUAGAAAGAUGCUGAACGCUCCUGGCUGGAUCAGCAGUUACAAGGGAAGUGAUGUUGUCUUUAAUGCUGGACUUAUUUGGUCAUAUUAAUGAAUCAACCCCCUUAUUUUCACCUUCAAACUGUGAAUCUGCAGCUAUGUCCUCCCCCUGUAGCACAGACCCUCACACCAAUCAUGGCCUACCCCUUCCUCCCCCCCUCUUCCUCCAUGUUGGUUCUGAUCUUCUUUCAGAAUAAAGCUUGAAUGUUGCUGGGGAGCAGAGCACACUUGCAUUGCAUUACGAUGAUGUCACAGCGUGAUCAGGAGGCUCCGCCUCAUAGACGGUGUGUAAACAUGACCAUCCAGAAAGAAAUAAAGAGCUCCAAU